AUGCCCUCCUUAAAAUCAAUGGCCGCAAGUUUCAUGCGCUAUAUCCAAGUGGACUUAGCUUCCUUUGAAGACAAUUACAAGAAGACCGUCGAUGAAUAUCUCACCCUAGCCGCUAUCCAGUACCAAAAACGAGAACUGGAGGAAAUAUGGGACAAGAUUUCCACCAGAUAUGAAUGGGUUCGAGAAUCUGAACUAAUGGAUGACCCCGAGAAAGCUGCUACCAUCAACAUAGAUGAACUCACCCGAGAAUACGCCAAAGCCAAAUCUCUGUUCAGAUCUCGAAUUAUUUCCAUUGAUGCAGCACUAGCAGAAGCAACCCGACUGGAAACCUUGAAAAAUUCCCCUCCUACCCCUUCUACUCCUCCUACCCCUGUAACCCACUCAGCACCUAGCUCAUCAUUUAGCGUACCCCCUUGCGACAUGCAAGAUUUCCAUGGCGAUUACAAAUCUUGGACAUCUUUCCGAGAUAUGUUCAAAGCCAUUUAUGGUAAUAACUCUCGCCUUAGUGGGGUAGAAAAAUUGUUUUACUUAAAACAAAAAACCCGCGGGGAGGCCAAAGAAAUAGUUGACAGUGCGCCAUUGACAAACGAUGGCUUUGUUAUCGCUUGGACACUGCUAACUUCUCAAUAUGAGAAUAAACGCAUGCAAAUUAAUGCACAAUUGAAAACUUUAUUCAAUCUACCAUAUGUCAAUGUCCAAUGUGGUGUAGCUAUUCGUAAAUUACAGAGAAAAAUAAAUAGUUGUAUUUCAAAUCUAAAUACACUAGAUAUUGAUACAGAUAAUUGGGAUCCAAUUUUCGUAUAUCUCUGUUCGUCUAAACUGCCCAAAGAAACACUCGAAGAUUUUGAGAAAACCCUAAGAGACAGUUCCAAUAUACCCUGUUGGACUGAAAUGGACAUAUUUUUGACAAACACAUAUAAAGGACUUGAAUCUGUUAAUGAUAUCAAGAAUCCAAACACAUACCCAAGAAAUAAACAAAAUUCUGACAGUAAGAACCAAAAUGAGCGAAAAGGCAAUACAUUUGUAAAUAAUGUUACCCAAGAACCCAAAAAAGAUACCCAUGCCAAGAGAAAGCCUCAACCCGAACAAAAUCCUUCAAACUCCACCCGAACCCAAAACACUAGUAAGCUCAAUGGCUCUGUAUGUAAGCUUUGUAAAGCAAAUCAUACUUUGAGAGAUUGCCCCUCCUUUAUCUCAAUGGGAGUAGCCGAAAGGAUUAAUUUUGUUAAACAAAAUGGCUGUUGCUAUAAUUGUCUAGCGAUUUCUCACGGCAUUAAAGAAUGUCACAGUACCUUUACUUGUAGACAUUGUGGCGGAAGACAUAACUCUCUUCUUCACAGACCCUCGUCGAACUCUAAUACACACGCUAGUACGAACUCUAACCCGACAGAUGAACAACCAUCAACAUCAACACGGAAUGUGUCGCAGUCGUUUUCAACACUGACCAACCAAACUGAUGGCGUAUUAGAUGACCGGAAAAAGCUUUUAGGAACAGCUGUUUUAAAUGUCCAAGUUCAUGGUUCUCUAUUCCCAGCGCGAGCUCUAAUAGACCCAGCGUCAGAUUUUUCGUUUAUUUCUGAUCAGUUCAGACGAAAAUUACACAUACCCACACAACCCAUAAUAGCUGAAAUAUCUGGUUUGAACGAAGUUGUAUCAGCUCGUUCAAACAAAAUGUGUGAAGUUACUCUUAGGUCCAAUACCCAAAGAAACUUUAGUUUAGAAAUCCAAGCGAUAGUGGUCAAAACGCUAACUAGAACAUUACCCACCCAAAGUAUAAACCCAAAUAUCAUAAAAGAUUUAGAACAGAUUCAGUUAGCAGACCCAAGGUUUUACGAAAGUAGACCUAUCGACUUCAUUAUAGGAAGUGAUUUCUACCCACAGAUUUUAAAAUCUGGCGUUAAGAAAGAUUUUCUUAACACACUAAUAGCUCAAGAUACCGAAUUUGGUUGGAUCUUGACUGGACCUGUCGAAGAGACUCACAGAACCCAAACAAUUGUUUCAUAUUUCAGCGCAGUUACACUUAAUAAAUGCUUAACAAAGUUUUGGGAAAUUGAAGAAAUCCCACAAAAACCCAUUAAGUCGGUAGAAGAAACUGUAUGUGAAAAUAUUUUCACGAAAACCACCCAACGCUUACCCAAUGGCCGUUAUCAAGUAGAUCUUCCGUUUCGAACCCCGCAGCUAGAGUUAGGAAACUCACGCCAUGUGGCAAUGGCACAAUAUUUAAGAAACGAGAAGAAUUUGAUGAAGAAUCCUACUUUAAAGUCUGAGUACGAUAACGCUCUGCAAGAAUAUGUUGACUUAGGUCACAUGAAAGCAGUUAAUUUUAACCCAAACAGUUCUUCCACGACUUAUUAUUAUCUACCCCAUCAUGCUGUUGUCAAACCCGAUCGUGUUACGACAAAAGUUCGAGUAGUUUUUAAUGCUUCCAGCAAAACUUCGAACGGCAACAGCUUAAAUGAUGCUCUAUUUAUUGGUCCCACAUUACAACAGGAUUUAUCUAUUGUAAUAUUAAAAUGGCGCUUUUAUAAGAUCGUUUUUAAUGCCGAUAUUACGAAAAUGUACAGGCAGAUCUUAUUGAACACUACCCACACCCCGUUUCAGCGAAUAUUAUUUCGUAAAAGCGUUAAUGAACCCAUAAAGGACUAUGAACUUCAAACUGUCACGUUCGGAGUUAAUUGCGCACCCUAUCUAGCAAUUAGAACUCUUCUUGAACUGGCAAAAGAAGUUGAAACUACCCACCCGAUUGCAUCUCAUAUAUUGAAAAACAAUAUGUAUGUUGACGAUGUUUUGUCUGGUGCCCAUACAAUUGAAGAUGCAAAAUUUGCUCAAAAUGAAAUGAUUACGGUGUUAGAUUCCGCAGGAUUUCCGUUGAGGAAAUGGAUAUCAAACUCACCUGAUCUGUUAAACAUUUUACCCAAAGACCAUUUACUCGAUGUGGAUUUACUAACCCUUCCAGAUUCCCAUAAUACUAAAACCCUAGGUAUUCGAUGGAAUGCAAAAGAAGAUUUCUUUUUCUUUAGCGUACCCACUAUCGAGAAGAGAAAUGCUUACACAAAACGCUCAGUCUUAUCUGAUAUCGCUCGUCUGUUUGAUCCAGCGGGCUGGUUAGCACCAAUUGUUGUGUCUGCUAAGAUCAUCAUGCAACAAGUAUGGCAGGAUAACACAGACUGGGAUGAAUGUCUAAAACCACUGACCCUUACAAAAUGGUUGAACUUCUUAAAAUUUUAUGAUGAUAUAAAUAAAAUUCGAAUCCCAAGAUGGAUUAAUUUUAAACCCACAUCAAAAAUAGAAUUUCAUGGCUUUUCUGAUGCUUCAGAAAAAGCUUACUCAGCAGUUUUAUAUGUGCGAGUUACACCCAUUGAUGGCCCAAAUAUAAUUACCCUACUCUUCGCUAAAACACGAGUUGCGCCCAUUAAAGUUCUGUCAAUACCCAGAUUAGAACUAUGUGGUGCAGUGUUGUUGGCAAACAUGGUCAACAAUGUAUUAACCCAACUCAAAUUACCCCUACAUCAAGUAUAUUUUUGGACAGAUUCAACAAUUGUUUUAGCUUGGCUUAGUAAACAUCCAAAAUCAUGGGAAACAUUUGUCGCUCAUCGUGUUGCUACUAUAUCGGACACCGUCGGAGUGAACAACUGGAACCACGUCGUGUCGCACGAAAAUCCAGCCGUGGAUGUACUGCCGAAGAGCUGA